AUGCAAGAUCGGCGCCUUCAUAACAUCCAGUAUCAGGGGAACUACAACUUCGAUGAACUGCUCUCAGAUUACAUUCAGAUUUGGAACAACAGAGCGGCUUACGUUGUUCAGGGUUACCAGCUCCAGCGUCCACCUCACUAUCAUUCAGCGUAUAUGGAGUGGUUUCGGAGCAGCAGCCGGCGUUGGAUUACCCAUGAGGGCGCAGCGGCCGGACAGAGUCGCGACACUUUCGAGAUGAUCGCCCUUCAGAGAGAGGCGCGUGCGUCUAGAAUUGGGACUGCUGCACGCAGUUCUCAAUUAGCUUACGGAGAGGAACGCUGUGACGUCACACUGCCCCCACCAGAGCCAGCAGUUCCGGCUUACGUACUACCUCCUCUUCCUCCCCUGACCAUCGAUCUGGCUCACAUCAGGGGAGCGCGUAGACGGCAGCCUAGAGCCGCCCCGCCUCGCGAGCGCCCGGCAGACCCUAUCCCCCCACCGGUCUACUUCCACUUCGAUCCUACAGCCACUACAGACAGACGGGGGGAGUACUAUGGCCCGACUCAGUACUACGGUUCCACUUCCACUUCAGCAUCACAGCCUCCGUGGCAUCAGACCUCUUUCCCACAGGGACCCCAGGUAUCAUCGUAUCAGGUCCCGCCUUCGUCGAUGCCGUUUUUUGAGCCGUCGUACGGACAGACAGCAUAUACCACUUCUCUGGGCACGCCACCGGCGUCUCAGUUCCAGCAGGCCACACCACCGGUGUCUCAGUUCCGGCAGGCCACACCACCGGCGUCUCCGUUUCAGCAGACCACACCACCGCCGUUUGCUGCAUCAGAUCAGUAUUACUGUCCAGCGCCAUAUACAGAUGCUCAACCAUUCACGUCUUUCGAACAGUGUUACCGUCCCACGAUGCCUUCGGAUGAUCAGCCGUCGACGUCACAUUCGCGGCCAUCUUCUUCUCACCAGGCCCAGGAUCCAUCACAGCUACAUUUUACACUGUCAGAGUCAUGGUUAUUCGGUCCGGAGAUCGGUUUAGAGCCGUACGAGGAGCUUUUAUUACGACCGGAUCUCACACCUCCAUCUUUUAGACUCCUACCGCCCACACAGGAGGAGACCGGUACUGCACCACCAGCAGCAGACGUUCAGCAUUCAGCUCAGGACGAGGACGCCCACGACAGCGGCGAGAGCCCUCCGGUACCCAGACAGUUUCACUCGAUCACAGACAGCUCGCGGCACCGACGAGAGACUCACGGUUUGAGGAUACAGAGACCGAGGACUCGUAGAUAUGAGGAUUAG